AUGCCAACAGCCCCAACCACACGACUUCCCCACCCACCAGACGGCCUCCCGCUCUACCAGUCCGAUUUCUGUACCGAAACCCUGGAUAUCCUUAUUGCGCAGCGUUCGGACUCCAAGCUCAACGAUGUGAACACACUCCGCCAAGUAAGUCACUCUUCGUUGCUCAUACUUACCUGGCUGUAUCGUCCCAUCCACCCCUUUUUGCAAUCCCCGCUAAGCUAGACGGUCACAAUAUGCUAGCCUUAGAAGACACAAGCGCCAACGUUUCCUUCGUGAAUAGCUUCAGCCUCACUCGCGAGUUAUACGAGCAGAUCUACCACACGAGUGACCCCUAUACCCUGUGGGUUGCGAACGGCACUUUAAUACCCAUCUUGGGUCGCAUAACCCUAGGACUCACUAUAGACAACACAGAGGUGACUUACCCAUUCCUGGGGGCGACAUAGGGCCCGUUGGCCUUAGUUCUAGGGUUGGAUCUCCUGGCGGACUACGACUGCGUUAUCCGCACAAAGAGUCGCCGCCUGUCAGUUCCGACACUCCCAGACCCUCCUACCCAUACACCAUCAGAGAACCUCGAUCUGAUAUACAACACCGUGGUAGCAGCCGCAACACUCAAGCCGUCCAACAUAGAUGCGAACCUACCCUCAGCAGAAGCAGUCGGGUCAGAUAACCGCAAAAGACUACGUAGACUCCUACUGUCAUUCUCCGGGUUGUUCACCUAAUCAACCGAUGCAAUCGGCGCAGCCGCAAAGUUCAACACGCAAUUAGCACGGGCGACGCCAAGCCCAUUUGGUAACCCCCACGCCGAAUACUGGUACUGUUCCGAGCAGAAGUAGGCAAAAUCAUACAUGCUAAAAACCCACAUUAUACAAUCGACCUCAUCUCCGUGGGCAUCAUCGAUAGCCCUAGUCCCCAAAAACGACCGCUCCUUCUGUCUCUGCGUAGACUAUCACCGCCUGAAUGCCGUCAAUGUCUGCAAUUCAGUCCCACUACCGCGCUUAGACGACACCCUAGAUAGCCUUCGCGGGGCAGCCUGGUUAUCGACACUGGACCUUAACUUAGGCUAUUGGCAGGUCGAGAUAGAUCCCAAAGACCGUCAGAAGACCGCGUUUAUCGUACCACAAGGACUGUUCUAGUUCCAGACGCUUCCUAUAAGACUAUGUAACGCCUCCGCCACUUUCCAACGACUGAUGUACCAAGCGUUCGAAACCCUGUCCCACACAAAUGCCUCGUUUAUCUGGACGACAUCAUCGUAUUCGGCCCCGAUGUCGAACAACACAACCACAAUUUAAGAGAUGUGUUAGCUGUCCUCCGCGAUGCCUGCCUGACGUUGAACCCGGCCAAAUGCACAUUCCUACGGCCAGAAGUACAAUUCCUGGGCCAUAAAAUCUUUCCAGGCCGCGUAGUCGCUUUACCAGACCGACUUAAACAGAUUCGUACCUGGCCGACACCCGCCAACCAGACGCAAUUGCGUAGUUUCCUAGGUCUUGCCUCUUACCACCGACGGUUUAUCCUUAAUUUCGCCCAGAGGUGUGCAAGCAUCUGACACUGGGGCGUAAUUACUUAGUUAUAACAAAAUGGACCAGAAAAAUACUUAUUUUUUGAUGUUAUUUCCAGUAACGUUUCCUAAAUUGAUCUGUGUUUAAACAAGUCAAUAUAUAACUACUGCUAUUGUCAUAUUUCGCCGGGUCUCCUGAUUCGUCGAAUAGGUCCUUCGUGCAUUUCUGUCGGGCUUCGAUCGCUUGUACGCGCGUAUUUGUCAGAUGGCUGAGAUAGGAAGGCGGCGUGCCGUCUCUUUUUGCGCGGUAAUUAUUCCAGCUAAAUUUCUAACACAUUUUUUCACUGCUUCCUUUGCCGAGCCUCUGUUCUCGCCGAGUUAGUUAUUACCGUCUAGGAUUGCAAACAUUGUUAAAAACCAUGCACUAACAAGUCGGCAGUCCACGUAAUCUGUGAACGUUGGUGUAUUGCCAGUGGCGUGACCGGCCAAGUUCUUGCGACUGCCUAAUAGGCACAACCUGUCCUUGCGUCCUUCCGUAUGAUUGGUACACGCGGCGUCCAAGGCUUUACUGACGCGCACAUGCAUCGAUUGCACAUAGUGAAGACACCUGCAGGGGGAUUGUGCCUCAUGUACGCUGGAGGGUCUUCUCUGUGUGGUAGUAACUGACUUUUCCAGAGAUGGGUGUACGACCCCCAGGCCGUCGAUGACGCAUGCGCCAGCAAUUUACUGACUGAUACAGGUUGUGCUGAGUCUGCUAACUGCAUAGGUGGACGUGCUCUUGCAGAAAAAUCAAAGCUGCUGACCCAUGGAUAAUCAAUUAAUAGGGUAUUGUUCUCAAAAACAUUUUAUAUUGUAAUUCAGCUAUAAGGCUUCUCUUGUACUUAUUUCGUUUGGUUGUGACGUAUAGUUUAAAAUCACUUGUCCGAGAUGUUCUUCCACACUUCCCCCGGUGACGUGGUGGCGGAGACUCAAAGGCCCGUAUCUCUAACAAUAUGUUAUUUGCAUAAAACUGGCAUAAUUUUAACAUGUUAAUAUUGGUACUGUAGUGGCAUGAUUUUAACAGUCUUAUCAUUUUCAAUUAAAGCUGAUACUCCCAGGUUUAUGCUGCGUACGACCGCCACCGCCUGGCUGUGUUGUCAAACGCACAUUGGCUAGUACAUUAACUACCUCUUGAACGCACUUACCCUUAUGGGUCAGUGUGUCUUCUAUUAUAUUCUGGGCAUACAGAAAAAUCUCAUAUUUAUUUUGUCCAGUUAGCGAUGACUGCUCACACUGCACACCAAACGUGGCUGUCUUAUGGUCUAAAGGAAUCGUGCGACUAAACCGACAGCGAAGACUUACCCUAGAUGACUUUGCCUAUGGCAAUCUCACGACCAGGGGUGUGAGAUGCAUGAGGUGGGGUGAUGCGAUGCCUAUGUGUGUUACGUAGACACUACGUUUGCCCUUGUCGCUGGGACAGUUAAAUUAUCUCGUCAUAUCUUCCACCGUAACGACUUGUAUUUGCUGGAGAUGAGGACAAUGGCGUCUAAUCUAACACUUAAGGUCGAACAUAGUGCUCACUUUGCAAAACCCCACAUAUUUCUUCACACGUCAGUUUUCCUUGCAACAUUUCGCUGCACAGACGUGCCAUGCAUACAUUAAGUCCCUGGGACGCCAUGAGGUAUAAAUAUAGGCGUCGGAAACGUGAAUGAAAACAGUUACUAAUAUGGUAACGGUCGCUGCCACUACGCGCAGUACGUCUACUUUUCGCCAGGCUCUCACUUAUGCGGACAUAUCGGUCAGUUACUUCAUUUCCUGUCGUCAGUGAAUUGGUUACUAUGGGCUUAAGUGUCUGUCAUCACGGUCAUGUGGCGUGAAGCUAUUUCUCCGUUUUUUCCCCAAGCGACGAGCUACGUUUUGUGAGGCCUUCUUGACCUUCUCUGGAGUCUCCUUAAUCAACCCAGAAAACCUUUAGAUGGAAAUGGCAAGAAGAUGUCCAUUGGCUCCUAUCUGGCAACGUUAUCGGGAAUGUGCGACACUUAGAACAUUAUGCACCACUGUACAAACGUAGGAACGAGUUAUGAAAUGCCCAGUCAGACUGCGACAACAUGGUAACCACUCGGCAUACAGAGUGCUGUAUGACAGCAAUAUUGAGGAGAGGAACAAUUGUAAAAAGUUCCCAUGCGCAUGUUCAGAAGGUACACAGUACAUGGUUGUGAAACCUGUAAGUAUGCGGAAUGGACCUAUUCAUGAGUAAUAUUCGGCUGCUAAUGAUACCCACUGUCGAAGGUAACGACCCGUAAUUCGUACUUUGUAGGCUACUGGUUCACAAAAUAAGCAAUCUCACCAAGCCUAUGUCAUUUAAAUGCUUUGGAUCUAGAGGGGAGCCGGAAAUGAGUCCAAAAAUGCAUGACAAGUAUGACGAAAUGCUACAGCGUUCAUUCCACUCGUUAAUGUUCCAUCUGCGGGACGUGCAGAAUUCUUUUCUAAUCCCUGUACCUACUCCCCGAAAAGUACACAUUUCGCAACGGCGCUGGCUUGCCUAAGAAACUCCCAUGUUGGUGUCUCGCCAAUUAGGACAAAAAAUUCCGACACAAUAGUUGCCCUCAGUUAGUUAUGUUCACUCCACUUCCUGUGACCUCGCAGAAGUCGUGCGUCAUUUUUCAGCAGUACGAAACUGUAUCAUCCUGCCUGAGGACCAUAGUAAAUCCUCGCAAAAAACCCCGCUUUUAACCGUUUAACGAUCCUGCCGAGGAUAAGUGAAAUCCGGUUCUUGUCUUACGGCUAGCCGGUAUGCCAUUUAUAUUGAAAUACACUGUUAACUGCGGUACACGUUUCGAAAUUGUCCAAACUUUGUUGGUACUACUUAUGGUAGAGGGGCGCUCACCGAUCGUUUUUAAGAAACUCACUUAUCCCGUUGUGCCUUAGGGCUCUCUCGAGCCCAGCCAGCAGCCGCACAACGGCGCAUGAUAUAGGCAGAAUAGCAUUACCGGCAAGACAGGGGAGACUGGAAUGACCAUUUCUGGCUUAUUGGCAGUCGUCAGCCAGCCCCUCCCCUUCGUAUGGCAACUACACUGCACACAGUCGUGCCCACCAAGAGGUCUCCCUGGAUCUAAAAGCAUAUUUUCCACAAACACUGUUAAAAGAGCUAGCAGUGUCUGCAGUUGACAAUGUGGUGGAUGUGAAUGGACAGUCUACAAGCUCACCUCUUCCCGCAUGAUCAGCCUGUCACCAACAGCUGCCGUACGUGCUGGGCCUUACACGUCAAAUUCGCUGAAAAUACCUCAGAAUUGUGAUAUUACUACUCAUCCGAACAACCGUAACCGAAGAUGACUGCGAUCAAAAUCGUACCCAUCGACCCAUAGCCUGUCCCUUUCCCGUCAGAUGUUGACAGCGGCGCGCCAUUGAGCUGAUAGACCACCGCGUGCACCUUUCUUUUCUGUCCCGGACCAAGAUGACUUAGGCGGUAAUUGGGAAGAAGGCCACCUAAGAUGAAGGCAUGGUGCCCACUAAAGCGAUGCACUUCCUAAAUAUUGGUAUGACUAUGGUGAAAUGCGUAUUUUAUGGUUUGGGGUUUGCGUCCAAAACCAGAUCAUUAAUCAGUGAUGGCGUUGAGCAACUGCUCAGUGUCUCCUGGAGGCUCGAGGGCACUACAAGGCCUAUUGGUCGUUGAAGUGAAGUCUGUUCGCUUUCGUUUGGCCAUCUGAAUAUGUUUACGGGGAAAGCACGUUUCACAGUUUUUAUUUUUCCGUCAGAAUACCAGCGAUUUUUUCGAUUAUAUUUUGAUGCAGUUUCCUACCCCUCAUUCAUCCAUGCUUUAGGAAUAAGUCGUUUUGGCUUAUGCGUUCGGUUAUCCAAUAGUACCCUUGCUUUAAACUGGCAUAUCCAGACGGUUACUUAUUUUACCUUAAGUCAUUCCCGUAUAAUCUUCUGUUUUCUUCAUACGUGACAAGUCGACUUUUUUCCUCCUAGCCCUCGCUGGUGAAACAGUUGCCGAAACCACUUCCCGAACAAACGAAUCUGCAAGUAGCCGAUGACCAACUUCCAACGAAUAAACUCUGUGCUCUUGCACGAACGUCGUUCUCUUUUUCAGGAAGUCAGAAAAGUAGCCUCCAUGGUUUGGUCCACUCCCAGGACACUGGCUCAGUCAACGACGGGGAGGCCUUCGCUUCGAGUGGCCCAUACUGUGGGAACCUGCUCGGGGAAUCGGAUUCACUGGCAGUGUUUUCUUGCGCCUCCCGUAA